AUGACAAUUGAUGAAUGGCAUGACAAAAAUAAACAAAGUCUGUCAUUAGAUAAUUUGAAAUUAGAUGAACCUGAUAAUUACAAAUUAGUGAUAACUAAUACUAAUGGUAAAUUAAAUGCAUCUAUAACGUGUCAGUGUGGUUCAUUGAUAAAACUUUUUCGUAAUCGUACGUAUUUUCAAUUAUCUAAUUUUUAUAAUCAUUUAAAAAGUGAUAAAUGUACAAUGAUUAAAUCAAAACAACAACAAACAUCAAGCGAUGAUAGGCAUAAUAACCAAAAUAAUAAUAAUAAUCAAAAUGAUACGAAUGAUAAUCAACAACAAUAA